UUAUAGCGAGAGCCAAGCCAGAGGGAGCAGCCAGUGGAACCAUGGGCAUUAUGCUGUGUGCUCUGAUUCUCUGGUCUGGUCUCCUGGGGGCCACCAAGGCCAGUCCCAUCUCGUUCCCCCGAGAGUGUGCCAAGGGUUCGAAAGUAUGGUGUCAGGACCUGGAGGCAGCUGCAAGGUGUCGGGCCGUGAGGCACUGCCAGGAUGCCGUCUGGAACAAGCCCACAGUCAAGUCCCUGCCCUGCAGUGUAUGCCAGGAUGUGGCCGCUGCUGCUGUCAACGGCGUGAACCCGGAUGCUACAGAGUUGGACAUUUUGGCAUCAGUGAUGAAGACCUGUGAGUGGCUUCCAAGCCAGGAGUCUUCAGCUAAGUGCAAAUGGAUGGUGGACAACCACAGCGCAGCUGUUCUGGGCAUGCUCCGUGGAGCUCCAGGCACUGGCCUGGCUCCGGUAUGCACUGCACUCACCCUCUGUGAACCCCUUCAGAGGCACCUAGCCAUGACCACCUCGGAGAGACCGCUGACCCAGGAGGAGGCAAAGGAGGUGGUGGCCCCAUUCUUAUCGAAUGGGGCCCUGAGCUUCCACCCAUCACAGACGCCUGAGGGUGCCGUGUGUCAUGAUUGUGUCCAGCUGAUCUCCCUGCUCCAGGGUACUCAAGCGUCUAACUUGACCUUGGCAGAGGUAACUGUCCAGAAUCAGUGUCAGUCCAUGGGGCCUGGCCUGGCUGACCUCUGCAAGAACUACAUCCAUUGGCAAUUUGUCCCUGCUAAGCAAACACUGCAGAGUCUCCCCCCACAGGAGAUCUGCAGGAAGGGGGGCUUCUGUGAGGAGCAGAGAGAGUCGGCCCACUGGCUGGCUCAAGUGGCCGCUAUGGAUGGAGUCCCCUCUCUGGAGAUGGAGAUGCCGAAGAAGAACGAGUUGCAGAUGCAGUUGGGCCUGACAUGCGAGGUGUGCUUGAACGUAAUCCAGGAGGUGGACAAGUGGCUUGAGACCAAUAGCACAGAAGCCCUCAUCAGCCACACUCUGGAGCGAGUGUGCUCCAUAAUGCCUGAGUCUCUAGUCCAGCAAUGCAUCACCCUUGUGGACACCUACAGCCCCAGCUUGGUGCAGCUCGUGUCUAGAGUCACCCCAGAGAAAGUGUGUGACACCAUCAGGCUGUGUGGCAACAAAAGGCAGGCUAGGUCCAUCUCCAGGGUGGCGACAACCACACCAUCCCUGCCAGUGGAUGAAGAAAACCAGGGCAGCUUCUGCCAAGGGUGCAAAAGGCUGCUGGGCGUGUCUUCCCAGAAUCUGGACCACAAGAGCACCAAGCGGGACAUUCUGAAUGCCUUCAAAGGUGGCUGCCGGAUCCUGCCGUUGCCUUACGUGCUGCAGUGCAACCGUUUUGUGGCCGAGUAUGAACCUGUGCUCAUAGAGAGCCUCAGGUUCAUGAUGAACCCCACGGACCUAUGCAAGAAGAUGGGGGCCUGCCACGGCUCCAAGGUUCCACUUCUAGGCACAGAUCAGUGCGUCAUGGGCCCCCGCUUCUGGUGCAAGAGCCCAGAGGCUGCUGAGAUGUGUGAUGCCAUGGAGCACUGCCAGCGCCUUGUGUGGAAAAAGCCCAUCUCCAAAACCAAUGAGCAGCCAUAACUGUGGCCACCAGAACCCAAAGCCUGCCAGGGCCCAACCCAUCUGCAGACUUCUGCCUCCCAAGGGGACCCUAUGAAGUGGGUGUUACCCUCAUGUCAUAGAUAAAAAAAAAAAAACUGAGGCUCUGAGCAGGGUAGGGCAGAGCGGAGCUGACAUUCAAAGCCAUGAUUUCCUGAUGCUGGGCAGUGUCAUUUUUCUGUCUCUGCCCUCACCACUGUCUCUGACAAACAGAAGCUCUCCUCCACCUUUGCUACAAAUGGGGAGUCCUCCUCACCCCUGCCCCAGUAAGUCACCCUCUCCUGUCAUGCUGUGAUGCUGAUGGCCUAGAGAAACCCGUCAGAGGCCUCCCUUGUAGGGUGAGAGCAGGUAGGUAAGGGGUAGGUAGGUAGAUGGGACCUUCACUAGUCAGGCUAAUGGCUCUUACCAAUAGCUUGGGGUGGAGAUUGAGUAUUCUAGGCUAGAAUCUCUCUCGCUGGUUCCCAGCAGUGUAGCUGGGACAUGAGUGGCUCUGGACUUCUCUGAGGGAGGGUCCUGGGUCACUGGCUACCACCUACAAGGGACAUUUGGAUUUUACAUGACUCUUGCCCAUAACUUGUCCUACCAAGAGGAAUCUGUCCACUCACCCAGACUCCAGCCACGCUAGUGCUAAGCAAUCUGGGGUGUACUUAAAAUCAGGAGAAAAAAAAAAAACCCUACUGGGUGAGCCCUAGGGAAAGCCCUGAGGGGUGUGGAGUGGCUGUAACAUAGGCAGUAGCAAGAGGUCUACCCUAGUCAGCAGUCUGCUGAGCCUCAGUUUUCUAAUCUGUAGACUGGGAAGAUCGUGUUGCCACAUAGGAGUGUUGAGACAGUUUUAGGAGAUUGUCUUCAAGUUCUUUCACUUAGAGACUGGUACCCAAUGACCUACCAGGAUCAGCAAAACCUAUCUUGGGAAUCGGUAGGGUCUCUGGGGAGUCUGACCAAACAAGUUUAUAUAAACGAGAUGCUUUCUCCAAA